AUGUCAAAAGGCGGACCUUCUGUUGCGAAGCCCUUGCCCUUUUGGGCAAAGGCCAGUGUCGGAGGCAAGACCACAGAGACAUCCCUGCCUGACAAGAAGGUGAAGGGGUACAGUUCUGCUCCUAUUCGGAAGACGUUUGUACCUGGCUCCGGCACCCAAAUUCGAUCGAAAUUUGGAGGAACCCAGCAAUCCAUCAAGCACCAAGCCGGGCAGACCGUCACGACCAGUGAGAAGAGGGCACAUAGCCAAAUCAGUGGCGAGCGUAACAAGACGUCAAACAGCUCUUCUGCAGAUGGAACACCAAAGCUUAAGAAGAAGAGACUGGAAGACCCUAGGAAGUUCAUCACCCCAGCAGUGUCCAAACCAUCGCAGGCACAACCAUUGGGUACUAUGCCUCACUUCAACACGGCCACGCAGCUUGCAGAGUUCAUUUUCAAGUCCGACGCCGAGAAUGGGGUGCUGCCUCGACACGUCAAGCUUCGAGUUUCCAGCAUAUUAACGGUCCCGGGUGUCACCAUGGACGUUUACCUGAAUCGUCUUGCUUCCUCCCCCGAGUUCAAAACUGUCACACAAAAGGCCUUGAAGAUCUUCAGGGGACAACUGCCCAUCGAUGAGAUUACUGUUAUGGCAUUCAUCAUUGCGAAUCCCAAGAGACUCAACAAACGCCGGGACGGCUGCCCCGAGGCAGACAUCUGGUACAAAGCACAGCUUCAGAUGGGUUUGGAAGCGAAUGAGAUCCGUUCAUGGGAGAACAACCCCAUUUUCAGAGCGUACCGCCGUGUCCUUCGGUACUUGCAGCAAUGCGGCACUGGUCGUCUUCGCUUUGAGUCAGAGUUAGGACUUGGUCUUCUCCAAGACGCGCGGGAGAUCAGCCGAAUGCCCACGAAGAACGCAUGCGAGACAACAGAGAUGACCACGGAUUCGGCAGAGAAGCAAAUCCGAGAACCUCCGCUGGGAUUCCCCGGAACAUCAGACAGCCGUGUUGAGGUGUCCGAGUCUAUCAAAGACCAGGCUGAUCUAGGAGCUAAGGUUGAUAAGGCAGUGACUCAUGACAUUCAGUCUCGCAUUCAGGAACCUCUAUGA